UCUGGAUCCUAUUUUGGACAAUGGCAUCCUCCGUGUUGGUGGGAGGCUAAAACACUCAUCUCUCAGUCAAGAUCUAAAACAUCCUGUAAUACUUCCAAAAGGUAACCACAUCACUAAACUAAUUCUGUCACAUUUCCACACCAAAGUUCGUCACCAGGGAAGAAGCCAAACUCAAAUGGAGUUAAGAAUGAAUGGAUUCUGGAUCAUUGGAGGCAGUAAGUCCGUCGCCAAGUUCAUACACAAGUGUGUGCAAUGUCGGAAACUCAGACGACCAGCUGAAGAACAGCGUAUGGCAGAUCUUCCCAGAGAACGUGUUGAGGUUUCCGCUCCAUUCACGUACUGUGGUAUGGACUGUUUCGGGCCAUUUAUUGUGAAGAGAGCUCGUAAGGAGCUUAAGAGAUAUGGCCUAUUAUUCACUUGUCUAUCAUCUCGUGCAGUCCAUAUUGAAAUGAUUGAGGACCUAUCUACAGACUCCUUCAUCAAUGCCCUAAGGUGCUUUAUCAGCCUCCGAGGAGCAGUUCGCAAACUUCAGUGUGACCACGGCACUAACUUUGUUGGAGCUAAAAAUGAAUUCGCAAAAUCACUGAAAGAGAUUGACACCAAUGCCUUAGAGAUCUUUCUUACAGAAAGGCAAUGCGAGUUUGUCUUUAAUGCUCCUUCUGCAAGCCAUGCUGGAGGUGUCUGGGAGCGCCAGAUACGAACUGUGCGAAAUGUACUCAAUGCCACACUUGCUUUAUGCCCAGGCAGGCUUGAUGACGCAUCACUCAGAACGCUGUUCUAUGAAGCAAUGGCCAUUGUAAACAGCCGCCCUCUAACUGUAGAUGGGAUUAAUGAUCCAAAUUCACUCGAACCAUUGACCCCAAACCAUCUGAUAAUGAUGAAGUCUGAUGUUGCUCUUCCACCUCCAGGAAAGUUUGUAAAACAAGAUGUGUAUGCCACUAAAAGAUGGCGCAGAGUUCAAUACAUAAUCGAACAAUUUUGGAGUCGUUGGAAGAAGGAAUACCUUCUCAACAUUGCAGCACGUCAGAAAUGGCAUAUUCCUCGCCGUAACCUUCAAGUGAAUGAUGUUGUAAUCAUCAAAGACGAUAUGCUUCCCAGAGGUCAGUGGCAAUUAGGCCGAGUGGUGGAAACCAGUGAAGGAAGUGAUGGUCUUGUAAGGCGAGUCAAGUUGCAGUUAGGGGAGCGAAAAGAAAAUCAACGCUCCAAGCCUACAGUCAUUGAAAGGCCCAUCCAAAAAUUGGUGGUACUUAUUGAAAAUGAGUAAUCAGCGACUGCUUUGUGAUACCAUUGCAUCAGACCAUGUAAUUAAGUUCUAUAAAACCUAACAUUUUAGACUUCACAUGCAUAUAAACUGUUUGAAGGCGGUCAUAUUGAUGUUCAGAAAUCAUGUUCUGAUUCAUUCACAGUUUGUUCUGUUCUUUCAUCAUCUCAUAAUUGGUGGGAGUGUAAAUGACCGCAAAAAAUAUGUAUGUGUGUGUGUCACUUUAAAUGUGUUGUGUGCGCGCACGCACGCUCUCUACGUAACGUAAGCUGUAACGCAGGUAGAAGAAAGAGGUGCGGACGAGGAGCACAUCGUGGUUCUCACAUGGUGUUUACAAAAGUUUGAAAUAUAUAUUGUAAAAGGUGGAUGCACUUACGUUUUGGUUCAUUUAGUACCCUUUGGCAAGCGGAGCGAGUUUCACGGUGCUACAACACAACGUUUCUCGAAGUCACGGUUAAUGGCGCUCAAAGCGAGCGAAAUAAAGAAGAUUAAGCACCC